AAGCUAUUCGGCUUACGAAAGCCAUCGCUAGGGAACCUAGAAAAUUAGCAUUUCUGCUCGGCAGUUCGUCAGUCCUAAAAGUUCCCUUUGGGUGACAAACAUAUAUGUAAAGAAGUCUUCAUCUUAACAAGGACUGAAUAAGAGAAAAUAGCAAGCUUUAGUAGCCGUUGGGUUUACUGGAAAGAAAUAUGAACUAUUUUCAGUUUUUAGCGCUAGUUCUGAUGGCCUGGUGUUUUGCCUCGAUAUCCGCACAAAACGCAACUUCACCUACGAACACAACAGUUGUAGUGUCUAGAAAUUGGUCGGAGCUGACUAAUAGCACGAUGGCACUCAUAGCUAAUAGCUCACUUGCACAAACCCCGUACCGAGCGCCGUCAAACUGUAAGCCCAAAAGUGCAGUUUGUCCGACGACACUGAACGUUGACUGGUGGGAGAUCCCACCUUACAUCUACCAGAAGAAAGAGUCAAACGGGAAAUUAUCGCCAGUCGAGGGGAUUUUCCCACAAGUGCUUCGCCAACUGGUUGACAGCUGUUGCGGGGCAUGCGUAAACAUCAGUUACAACAAACCCGCAAACGACUCGGAGGAAGUGAAGAAACACAUCGGACUCAACGGCACGGUCAUCAGCCUGCCCAUAUAUGGCGAGAUGAAGGAGAUCCGCUUCCAGGACUAUCCAUUCUACCCGGUGGUCGAGUCCCCGGGCGUUGUGUUUAUCGUGAAGAAGGAAGACUCCUCUGCUGCGGCUGAGGCUGUGAUGAACGCCGUGUUCCAGGGAUGGCCGGUUCUUUUGCUCACCUUGAUUAUGGCUGCUCUUUCGGGAAUCAUCGUCUGGGCACUGGAUACCUACUGGAAUCCCGAGGAAUUCCCGCGCUCGUUCUUCAGAGGAACCUGGGAAGGUUUCUGGUGGGCCUUCGUAUCUAUGACAACUGUAGGGUAUGGUGACCGUGCCCCACGCUCUGUUCUCGCCCGUACCUUUGCGUUCGUCUGGGUUCUCAUUGGUCUGGUCAUUAUCUCCAUCUUCACCGCUACCGUCACCACAUCGCUAACGGCCAUCUCUCUCAGCAACGAGGUCAAGCUGUACGGCUCUGAGGUUGUUGCUAUGAAAAAUACAGAGGAGCAGAGACUAGGGGUGAGGAGCAACGCAAAGGUCAAAGAAAAGAAAAGCGUACAGGAGAUGACGGAUGCCAUCCUGGCUCCAGGUACGACGUCUCAAGGAGCGCUGUUAGACAGCUAUGUUGCAGGCUACUGGGCUCGAGUCGCAGACAACAAGAUCCUUGGCAACAGCAACCUGCGUGUCGGGACGGUCGUGGAUCAUCAGUUUGCAUACGGAUUCGUGAUCGCUGGACCACUCAGGGAGAAUUCCUUUGAGCAGUGCAUGCGUAAGCACCUGAACAGCAUGGAGACGGACAUCACUUCUAUCAUCCAGACCAAGGCUAAGACUAUGGAUGAUCCUAGCGGCGGUGCAGCGGUUGAGAAGACCAGCAACCUGUUUGACGCAGAGUCCCCCGUCUUCCAGCAAGCUAUCUACACCUGCCUUGGUCUCGUGGCGGCCCUCACUAUCUGCGGACUUAUCUGGGAGUUCGCCUACUGGAGACCUCGCCAGCCCAAGGAGGCAAAGACAGAAGUUGAGCGCAUUGUGACCCCAGAGACUUCGUACGAGAACUUGGUCGCCCAGCAGUGUACCGAGAUUGAGGAAGCCAUGAUGAACGAGGUCCAGCGCUUCUACAUCGCCUGGAACAAGAAGCUGGAGGAGCUGAAGCGACGCAACGGCCAGAUGAGCCCUACUGAUGUGAACGUGAUGGGCAUGAGUGGUGGUGAUGUCCGUAGUAUGUAGACAAGCACAGGACACAAGGGCGCGAGGGUGGCUAGGGAGCUUUGGGACCUUAAGCAUAACGGUUGGCGAUGAGCAGGAGGGUGUCAAAUUCUUUUAAAGAAAUGCUCAGAAAUGAAUUUCUAUCUCUGCUGUACCUAAAUGGUUAAAUUGGGCGAUUGUUUGCGGUUUACUGAGACAGUAGACAGAAAGCAUUUUCAGGUACUGCCAUUGAACUCUUGAAUCUAUAGCAUUCUUUUCAAUCGUCGCCAUCCUGCUCGGUACUGUCGGUUUGCUAAAGAUCACUAUUAAUCCUUACCGCCGCCUUCGUGUCCUCAAGGAUAAGGAGUGACACAAUUAGAUCAUAUGCCUACUAUUUUCACACCCUAUUUGUUGGGCUUUUCUGUUUUACAACAAGGGCCAUACUGCAUCUAGUUAACCCAUAGUCACCUUUCUUCGUUCUCUCUUUUUGCUGGGCAGGGAAUUGGGACUUAGGAACUAAAUUGUGGAUAGAUUGAGUCAACGAAAAUCAUACGAAAAUCAACCAUCUUCUUCCUUCCUUUAGAUAUGUUUCUAAAAUCAUUCAAGUUCAAUAGCUUAUAGUAAUAAUAUAUACAGCAACACUAGCAAAACACGUGCUUUAAUUUCUUUACAGGCCGUGUGUUAUUAAAAAGCACGAUUGACGCCAGGGUGCGUACGCAAAAGCAGAUAUUGAGCUUGACAUGCACGUAGUGUUUCGGAUCUCCAUCACUUAAUGUUGUCAAAACAAUAAGAUAUCAUGUUUUGGACGUUUUUCUUUCAAUAGAUGCCACCGCUUUGUGUUAUAAACCCUUAAAAAACUUGACUUAGUGUGUGUGUGUUGACGACACAAUGAGAUUUAUUUGUCAUGGUGCAACAUCAUUGUCGCUAAAACAUGAAUCUCGUAGUAUCUUGACAUUCAUUAAUCGCGUCAGUAAUCAUUAUAUUUUAGUGUGACAAUUAGCAUAGAUGCACCUUCCCCAAUGACAAAUGAGUAAAGAAACUCGUAAUUUUUAGGGAAGUUAGACGGGGUCGAGAAGCUAUAUAUACCUACCUUAUUCCACUUUUCCACUCUCCGUUUCUUUUAGGCAGUCAACUUAGAAAGGUGUUGCGCUUAGGUUUGAUUGGAACUUUCACUCAAAAUUUCCUUUUAAGGAAAAUGUUCCACGUGUACAGUUGUUAUUUAAGAAUCACAUGGUCUUGACCCCAUGAGUCUUGUAGCAGUGUGUCUGCAGUGCAGAGGCAUCGCUUAUUUUGUAAAAAGAUUUAGCACAUAAUGUACUCGAAUAACCCACACUAUUUUGAAAAUAAAGACAAGUGAAAUGUCC